GGAAGGUGAGGCUAUGUGCACAAACUCUGCAUGUGCUUUUCUCUAUAGUGACGUGACUAGUGUUUAUAUUUCUAUUGUCAUCUGUCUGACAGGAAAACAACGAGUUUGCGUUGACAUAUAACAGCAGCUAAAAGAGGUGUUCAGUAAGACAUGGAUCUGAGCAUGACGUCAUACAGUGACCCGGAGGAUGGGGGUGUUUUUCCAUCGGAUGGGCGUAACACUGGAGAACAUGAGUCUGAUAUAGGGGAAAUGGAGGGAGGGUUUCAUCUACACCCAUCAGAUCCUUCAUUUGAACUGGAGGACCAUACAAGCAAACAGUGUUCUGCCAAAGCGAGGCCCUAUCAGUGCUCUCAAUGUGGGAAGACUUUCUCUCGCAUUCAACAUCUAUCCGAACACGUGCGGAUUCACACAGGCGAGAGACCUUUCGAAUGCUUGAUUUGUGGGAAGUCUUUCACCCGGGAGAGAGACCUCAAGACUCAUCAGAUCGUCCAUGCGGAUGCCAAGGCCUUUCACUGCACCAUCUGUGUUAAAAACUUCGCCCUAUUAUCUUCUUUGAGAAGACAUGUGCGUGCUUUUCAUCAAGGUCAAGACCUCACUACAGAUGGAAAAUGUUUAAUCUGCGUCGAAUGCGGUAAAAAUUUUGCGUGCCAAUUGGAGGAACAUGAGUUGACUCACACAGGAGAGAUUUCUCAUCGCUGCCCGGACUGUGUCAACAGUUAUUCUCAUCUGUCAACGCUUGAAUCUCCUGAGCGGACAUUUGCUAAAUCGGACGACUUGAACCAUUCGGAUGCUCUUAACAUUGAGAGGCCUUGCAGUUCUGCGGCCAUAGAAGAUCUACAACACAAACAAGAGCAAACUGAGACGACUGGGGAUGAUAGCGAAUCACCUUCUCCAGAACCUGUAGACAAUAUUACCAGCGAUGAUGUGAGUUUUGAAAACAAAGCCCAGAGUCAAGAAGCGAUGGUCGAGGGAUCACCAUCUCCAUGUGCGGUGACUGAGGAUAUUCCUAUCUCUGUUGAUAAAGGUAUUGAAGCAACACACCCUGUUCAAGAGGAAGAUCUUUUAGCUCAGCAGCAGGUCCACGAUGAAGAUAAACCACACCAGUGCAUUCAGUGUGGAAAGAGAUUUCUCAAACAAGCGAAGCUUCGUAUCCAUUUGCGCGUUCACACGGGAGAGAAGCCCUACCAUUGCUCCCAGUGUGGAAAACAUUUCAGUCAAGCAGUAAACCUUAAGAAACAUCACGUUACACAUCAUACGGAGGAGAAACCGUACCGCUGCGCGCUCUGUGACAGGACGUUUUCUCUCUCGUUCUCUCUGAUAAAGCAUCAACGUGUCGCUCAUCCAGAGCAUUUGAGCGUUGCAGAACGCAACCGCUUUACCUGUCCAUACUGUGGAAAAAUAUUUGGACGGCAUCAAGACAUGGAGCAACACAAGCGGAUUCACACAGGAGAGAGACCGUUCCGCUGCACCGUGUGCAAUAAAAGCUUCAGACAACGUUCAGUUUUAAUCGUGCAUAGGAAGAUUCACACCGGAGAGAAGCCUUUCGAAUGCUUCGUGUGCUUCAGACGGUUUUACGGUUCGGGUGAUCUGAAGACGCACAUGGGAACUCAUACAGGCGUGAGACCACACAGUUGUCCCUUGUGCUCCAAAAGUUUCCCUCGUCCGAGUAGCUUGCAGGCGCACAUGCAAUCUCACCUGAACAAGCUUCGGGAAAAUGAUGGGUUUCACCGUGAGGAUGAGGAGGAUCGGGGUGAACUGGAUGAUGGACGACCUGCUUCAUCAGCGAUGCUUUCUGAAAGCCCUGGAGCUCCUGAAGACAGAGAGGCGUCCAGAGAUCAAUCACACCCUUCAGAGAACGAAAGCAAAUACACACAGUCGUUGAAUCUCAAUGAUGGAGACCACAACGCUGAUCAGAGUUCUAGUUCAGAAACGGCAGGUCGUCAGAAGCCAUAUUACUGUUCCAUAUGCAACAAAACCUUCUCUCUGUUAAUAUCCCUGAAAAAACAUCAACUCAUAUUUCAUCCAGAUCAGCACGCUGACACAGAAGGCAAGUGUUUUUCCUGCUCUUACUGCGGGAGGAGGUUUGGUCGUCGUCAGGGUUUGUUACAACAUGAGAGAAUUCACACAGGUGAAAGGCCUUACAACUGCCCCACCUGUAACAAAACCUUCCGUCAGCGAUCGGCUCUGGUUGUACAUAUUAAGACGCACACAGGAGAGAGGUCUUUCCUUUGCUUCGUGUGCAGUAAAAGCUUUUAUACUCCUGGAGACCUGAAGAAACAUCUGGAAAUUCACACUGGAGUGAGGCCGCACAACUGCCCUGUGUGCUCUAAGGGCUUCGGCCGUCCCAGUUUCCUCCGAGCUCACAUGCGAACACAUGAAAGCUCCACAAAGAAACCGAGUAAAAAGGUGGAAUCAACAGACAGUCAGAGAGCUGACUUUCAAGAGAAGCCGUUUGAAUGCUCUCAUUGUGGGAAGAGAUUCAGUCAGCAUUGUAUGUUUAAAAUUCACCAGCGAAUACACACAGAAGAGAGACCUUACAAGUGCUCUCAGUGUGGUCUGAGUUUUCGCUGGAGGAGAAACCUGAUAGCCCACCAAAGUGGACAUCCAGGUGACAACCCCGUCCAGUGUUCAAUGUGUGAUGAAACAUUCAUCUCUGAAGCGAGUCUGAAGAAGCAUCAAGAUGCUUUUCAUUCAGGGGUCUCUCACACCUGCAGUCAGUGUUUGAAGACAUUUACUCAAGCAGCAGGCCUACGGAAACACAUACGCUACGUUCAUGAGGGAGAGAGACCUCACAAAUGCUCUGAGUGCGACCGAGGAUUCGUCAAACUGUCGGAUCUCACACGUCAUCAGCGCCGCCAUCAUUACGACCGGGGCGACGAACUCUUUCAAUGCUCACAAUGUGAGCGAAGCUUCAGUCAUCCCAGCAGUCUGGUUCUCCAUCGCAGGACUCACACGGAGGAAAAGCACGAGUGCCCCGUUUGUAACAAGAUCUUCAGUCAGGGGGGUCAUCUCAAGGUCCACCUGCGUACUCACACCAAAGAGAACAAACCCAGGUUCGAGUGCCCCGAAUGCGGGAAGAGCUUCGGCCAAGCUAAAGAUCUGGCAGUUCAUCAGAGGGUUCACACUGGAGAGAAACCCUACCAGUGCCCACAGUGCAAGAAGAGUUACAGACAGUUUGCACAUCUGUCUGUGCAUUUGAGAAGCCACACGGGAGAGAAGCCUUACCAGUGCCCCAUAUGUAUGAAGUUCUUCGCACAUUCGUCAUCGAUGAAAAAACACCUGCGUGUGAUGCAUGCAGAGGGGAAAGAUUUAUCCAUAUCAAAAGGAGUCGUGAAGGUUACUGUUGGUGUCGAUAGCUCAUCCAGCACGACCGUUGAAGUUAAACAGGAACCGGACUCUGGUGAGGAAUAUGGUGAAGGACAUUAGCCAGCAGCUUCUCCUUCAAAACCGAUGACGGGUUCAGCUUGAAAUGUUUCAUCAUUGAGAUCACGCACAAACUUCAAUUUAUGCCAAGAAAUGUGUUUUUAAUCCAAUAAAUGCUAUUGAAAUUCUA